AUGCCUGGAAACCCAUUGAGUGAGAUAUGGCACUCUGUUCCCUCCGCUGCGAAAUCACGCCUGGCUCGGGAGUACGCGAUGAACGCGGCUUACCUUUACCGAAAUAAACUACGAGGAAUUAGGAACGUCUAUGAAGCUCCAUCUGUCGUUGGAGUUUCAACCUCGAGCGAGGAUAAUUUACCAGCUCAGGAAUCUGAUGAAAUAGAGAUCUCAACUUCAGCAAAAGCACAGGGUUCAGGCGACAUGUUUGGUUUAUCUGGCAGUGGACCUUUACAAGAAUCGUUACCUGACGUCGGCCGGAUUGUUUCUAUGCCAUUGUUCUGGGGCUCACUCAGGACUGGAAUCAUCGCUCGCCUCACGAUUGAACGGAAUGAUUGUCAAUCAACUUUGGAUAAACACUCAAGUUCCACUGGAGACCUUGAUAGCGAUGCUGAAGAUGACGUAGAUGACGCUACAAGGACGCUGAAAGUAUCAAAAAAAUUCAACUCUUUUCUUCACCUAAUAUUUCCAACCAAUGUGAAUAAUUCAACGGACCACAAUGAUUUCGAACCGUCAGUCAUUUUUCACGACGAUCUCGCAAAGCAUAAUAUCCUUGUUGAUGACGGGGAAUUGACUGCUGUUCUAGACUGA